AUGCUCAAGUACUUAUUGUUAGGUUAGUUAUUUUACAUACAUUUUAACUGACUGAAAAAGAAGAAUUUUUUUUACUUAAUCUUUUUCAGCAGUUUUUGUCGCUGCAUCCGUUUUUGCUGAAGACAGCCAGGUGAGCUAGGACUUCAGAAACUAAAUUUUACAAGUUAUAAAAGUUUAGGAAGGCAGAGACGAGAAGUACACCUACAAGCAACUGUGCAUCGUUGACAACAAGCCUUCAAUUCAAGACGGUUUUCCUGGAGUUCUUAUCAAAGAAAGUACAGAAUCAUCUCAGGAUUUGAUUGCCGUUACCAAGUUGCUGUUGCUCGUUGGAAGAACGCAGUUAAUACAACUGGGUAAAUCUUUUCGAUUCAAAAAAACCUUAUUUUUAAGAGGAGUUUGAAAUGCAAGAAAUUUUUUUUUAAACAUUUUUAUAUGACUCCUGUCUUUUCCUUGAUAUCGUUGUAAUCAACUGAGAAAAAAACCAGAUAAAAAUACCUUUCAGCCGCUUUUUAAUCGUAGAUAAUAAGGACAACCAAAUUAAUCUUCUCAGUGAUAAGCCAGUUUAACCCUAUCUGUGGAAACUCCAGUGAUCAAGUUUGCCAAUCGGGAAAUGAUUUAUGAAAUAAGAUGACGCAAAUAUUUGUAGAUGGACCUUUCUCGAGGUGGAAACCCGAGGUGGAUAUGAGCCAGAGCUCCAGGCCUAUGCUGCCGGCUAUCUUGAAGGUUGCUAAAAUAUUCACAAAAAUGAAAUUAUCAAGUUUUCAGGAGUUCUCUCACACACUGUUCUCGGAUACCAUCUGGAAAAUGCCAUGAACGAUUACUGCAAGAACUUCACCCAGUAUUGCUCGCGGCUUGAAGGUUUUCUGACAGAAAACCAGAACUGGAUUAAGUCUGAGUUGGAAAAACAUCCAUCCGAUGACAUUUACUGGGGAGCUGUAUGUUCUGAACAAUUUAUGCUUCCUUGAUAAGAAAUUCAGGUGAACCGCACCUACUACCAACUUUCCGGAUUGAUCGAUGCUUACGAGAAGCGAGACUUCAACCCCAGAAUUACCUACGAGCUUCACCCUAUCUUGUUAGUAUGAACGUUGAGAAAAAGUAUUUUGAUUUGAAAUGCAGGUAUCUCAACUUGAACGGUGAUUUUUAUGACUUGGAGAAGAAGCUGAACAAAACUCGGGACCCAGUUAUGGAUCAAACCGGUGGAAAGUGCUCAGGACUCAUAAAGGUAAAUUUUUCUUCAUUUCAUUUGAGAAACAUUCAAGUUGAAGGUGGCACCAGGCUUCGCCGAUCUUUUCAUCUCGCAAGUCACGAUGAGUGGUUUCCAAAACAUGCUUCGCGUUCUGAAGCUCUACAAGUUUGCCUACGGUAGAUAUUACUUCAUUUCAGAAAAUAUAUGAGUCUUUGUAGACCGCGAAUUUUAUCCUGGAUAUGCUACCUCGUUUUCGUCUUACCCUGGAGUUCUUUACUCUUCAGAUGAUUUCGCUCUUCAGUCUUCUGGCCUUGUAAGGCUUUUUUUUUCCAUAAAGUUCAAUUCGGAUCAAUCCAGGCUGUCAUCGAAACCACUAUCAGCGUGUUCAACGUUUCUCUUUUCAUAAACACCAAGCCUACCGGACAGGUAUGAAAAAUGAUUCAAUAUUUGAAGUUUGAACAAAAAUAGUAUGGAAUUUUGAAAAGAUUCCAAAAAGAUGAAUACUUUCAGCUUCCAACCUGGGUUCGUGCAAUCAUUUCGAACCAACUUGCUCGUGACGGUCUGGAAUGGUGUAAGAUCUAUUCGCGCUACAACUCUGGAACAUACAACAACCAGUGGUAAGUUACAAUAUAAUAGAAAUUAAUCUUCAUAAAGUGUUUUAGGAUCGUUCUUAACUACAAAAAAUUCACGCCAAACAAGCCUCUUGCCAGAAAUGGUCUCCUCUACGUCCUCGAGCAAAUGCCGUGAGUUUCUUUGAAUUGUAAAACAACUUAUACAUCAUUUUUCAGUGGCAACAUUGUCUACGGUGAUUUGACCUGGUUCCUCGAAAAGUACAGCUACUUCCCAUCCUACAACAUUCCUUUCUUCAAGGAAAUCACUGAAGUUAGCGGUUUCAUCCAGCAGGUAGCUCGCUUGUAGAGUAAAAACUCGAAAAAAGCGAAUUUAGGCUGAUAAAUUGGGAGACUGGUUCCGUUGGGGAGCUUCGCCGCGUGCCAAAAUUUUCGCUCGCGAUCACAGUAACGUCAAAGAUCUUGACACCCUCACGGCUUUGAUGAGGUUCAGAAGUUAUAUUGGAUUAGUUUGAGUUUUGAAUUCCAAUGUUUCUUCACUAUGAGGAAGCCUUCAUCCAUUACAUUAAGGAGUUUCUGAAAGAAUCUCGAUGAAGUUGGCGUCGUAAUUUUAAACUAGCAUCAAUUAAAAUACUUUUGCUUUUCUUAUAAUUCAGUGAAUUCAGUGUUUUUAAUUUAUACAAUCAAUCAAAAAAAGAAAAAAAGAAACGUCUUUCCAGAUACAACGACUACACGCACGACGAGUUCUCCAAGUGCAAAUGCAACCCGCCGUACUCGGCCGAGGCUGGAAUUUCCGCCAGAGGAGAUCUCAACCCAGCUAACGGAACUUAUGAGUUCCCCGGACAAGGCCACGUCAAUCAUGGAGCUCUUGACUACAAGGUUCUCAAAAUGAGAUAUCAGCAUUCAGUUCUGGAUUUAUUCAGGGAACCAACGUCGCUUUGAUGAAGAGUUUGCGAUUCCGCGCUCAAGGAGGUCCGACCUGGGGCAAGGUUCCUUCUUUCAAGUGGAGUCAAUUUGACUUCGUAAGUUUUAUUCCCAAAAAAACUGGGAGUUGCUGUAAUUCUGUUAUUUUCAUUUUUUUAUUAGAAUUCUUGAGAAAUUGGUCAGAGAACUCUAUGGUUAUCAGAUAAAGAUCUCAAACAUUUUAAACUGCAGCUUUUCGGGUUUAAAGCUUUCCUUUGACUCUUGAGGAUUCAUAACACAAAAUAACUUUUAGUUCUGCCAGAUGCUUAUUUCUGUUGAGUAACUUUUUUUUCUAAAAAGGACAACGAACAGUUUUUAGUUCGAACUUUUAGAAGGACCGAGUCAAGCACGUCGGCCAUCCUGACGAGUGGAAGUUCAACUGGAUUGAGAACACCUGGGAAACUGACAUUCAUGCCUAA